AUGGCCCCCAUGGCGGUGCCAACCGAGCAGCACCACCACCGGAACACAACGAAAAAGGCGAACAAAGUCUUCAAGUCCAAGCAUAUGACCAAGGGCGCUCUGAAAGAUCUCUCUAAAGGAAAAAUCGAGAUCGAGAGGGGCAGCCGAAAGACCCCCCACCAGCAGCUCAUGUCGAAAAUGCAGAGACGAAACCAGGCCGAGCAGAAGAAGAGACUGAAGUCUAAGGCGAAGUCUGAGGCCGUCAGCAUAUUUUCCGGGCAGCAUGGCGCUCCCAGGCAUGUGGCAGUCAUACCAGUUUCAGAGGGGGUGGACUUGGACGCGGCAGUGCUACGGCUCAACCAGAGCGUUGAUGUGCCCGAUAGCGAAAGUUACAGUGGCAUAUGCCGAGUACGCAUUGACCGGUUCAAGCAGAGUAUUACAUAUAUCCCCGCUACGAGGGAUUUGAUCAGCGCAUUGGAUGUAUGUCGGCUGGCUGAUUUCGUUGUGUUUGUGGUUUCUUCUGAUGCGGAAGCAUUGGACGAAACGGCCCAGUUACUUCUCAAGGCUGUAGAAGGCCAGGGUAUCUCCAAUGUCAUGGCACUUGUACAGGUAUGUAGUAUUCAUUCUAGCAGCCUAGGCAAUGAAACUGACAUUUAUACCUAUCAGAGACUUGAGAUAAUACCAACACCGAAGAAGAGGACACAAGUUGUAACAUCACUAAAGUCCUCACUAACACGAUACUUCCCUAGCCUUGAUAAAGUCCACUCUCUCGACUCUAGACAGGAUUGUUCGAACGUCAUUCGCGGCCUUUGUACUGCCACUCCCAAGGGUAUCCAUUGGAGGGAUGAUCGAAGUUGGAUGUUGAUCGAGAAUGUAGAAUGGCCUGCUUCUUCAGCUCAUGAAACAGGUGACGUUGUGAUUACCGGUGUAGUUCGAGGGAAAGGUCUCAAGGCGGAUCGAUUGGUACACAUCCCAACUUGGGGAGAUUUCCAGGUAUCAUCAAUCACUAAAGUACCGCCUCCGUCGCGCAAGAAGGAGGAUGCAAUGAAUAUUGAUGAUACCGUGAAUGAGGAAGUUUUGGAUGAACCGACCGAAGAUGCUGAGGAUCUUACUACGGUAGCUCCCGAGGAAGUGUUCAUGACAGAUGAUACCCCUUCAAUACUUGGGCAGGAGAGAAAAGGUGUACUGCUUGACGAUCACCAUUAUUUUUCAGAUGAAGAUGAACCAACGGCAUACGAGGUGCCUAAGAGAAUACCCCGUGGUACAUCAAAGUACCAAUCAGCCUGGUAUCUUGAUGACUUUUCUGACUCGGGGUCUGAUCUCAUGGACGAAGAGCAUGAUGAUGAUGAGGAGAUGAUGGAUAUGGAAGAAGGCCGGCCUGAGGAUGGUGUUUUCCCUGAUAAUAGAGAUGCCAUGACUGAAGGUGGCGGUACCGAAUACCCGCAGUCCGAGAUGUUCCUAGAUCCAUCUCCAGAGGAAGAAGCCAAACAGAUAGAGGAGUACCGAGCCAGCAAGAAGAGCGAGGCUCAGGAGGACCUCGAGUUCCCAGACGAGAUUGAGCUCCAUCCUAACACAUUAGCAAGAGAGCGUCUGGCCCGAUAUCGUGGUUUGAGGAGCCUCAAGACUAGCAAGUGGGAAACCGAGGAGGACCGGGCACACGAACCAGAGGACUGGCGCCGUCUGCUGCAGGUACCAGAUUACAAAGGAGCACGUAACCAGUGUAUACGGGAGGCUCUUGUUGGUGGCGCAAAGCCCGGAACCAAAGUGCGCGUACAUCUCCGAGCUGUCCCAAUGGGCCUGCAGCAACGUAACCCAUCCCCGCUAUCUCUCUUCUCCCUGUUGCGUCACGAGCACAAACAUGCGGUUGUCAAUAUCAACAUGACCCUAAACUCCACGGUGGAGGCACCCAUCAAAUCAAAGGAAGAGCUGAUUUUCCAAUGCGGCCCUCGUCGACUGCUCGUCAAACCCAUUUUCUCCUCCGCAGGGACAACGCCCAAUAAUGUUCACAAGUUUGAUAGAUUCAUCCACCCUGGCCGCAAUGCAGUAGCUACCUUCAUCGGCCCUGUAUCCUGGGGCUCCAUCCCCGUACUGAUCUUCAAACGCACGUCUGUGGCUGACCCGGAAGUCCUCGAUGGAAGCGACGAAGCCAACACCAAGCCCGGUGCCCUGGAGCUCGUCGGCACUGGGACAUCUAUGGCCCCAGACCACUCUCGCGUGGUAGCCAAGCGAGUCAUCCUCACCGGCCACCCGUACAAAAUCCACAAGAAGCUGGUCACUGUCCGCUACAUGUUCUUCAAUGCAGAGGACAUUGCCUGGUUCAAAGCCCUGCAGCUCUGGACCCGACGUGGCCGCACUGGCUACAUCAAAGAGAGUCUGGGAACCCACGGCUACUUCAAGGCCACGUUUGAUGCAAAGAUCAACCCGCAAGAUUCUAUUGGAAUCAGCUUGUACAAGCGAAUCUUUCCCCGGAAGGCUGUGGAAUGGGACGCUCUUGGUUAA